AAGAUGUAACACAGACUCAUUUUUUUUUUUUUUUAGUUAGCGCAGGCGUCUUUUUAACCACACGCGCACGCGCUCUUCAAGUUUCCGGGACAAGUCCGUUUAUUUCUCAUAGCGGGAGACGGGAUCAUGGCUGUCCUCCUUCGAGCCGUGCCAAGGUUUCAGGGGCCAGCUGUGUGGGGGAGACCUCUUCAUCGACUGUGGUGCUGCACUGGGCAGGGAGAUUCCAGAAGGUGGGUGGGGAGCACGUCCCCCACCUCACAGGAGAAGCUACCAGGCACAGAGACUGAAAGAUUCCACACAAUCUACCGAUUCAAUGCCAUCAGAACACUUGGGUAUGUGUCUCGGCUGAAGUUGGCACAGACAGCCGUGACUGUGAUAGCCCUGCCCCCGGGCUUCUACUCGUACUCACAGGGCCUCAUGACCCUCGAUUCACUCUGCCUGGCCAGUGGGAUUGCCUGCUUUGCCCUGGCCAUGCUGUAUUGGAUGAGCUACUUCUUCAGGAAGUUGGUGGGCAUCCUGUAUGUGAAUGAGUCAGGUACCAUGCUUCGAGUGGCCCACCUGACCUUCUGGGGACGACGACAGAACUCAUACUAUGCCGUGUCAGACAUGGUACCCCUGACAGAAUCCAAGGACCAGGCCCAGGAUAUAUUUGUACGCAUCCAGCAAUACAGUGGCAAGCAGACCUUCUACCUUACCCUGCGCUAUGGGCGAAUCCUGGACAAAGAACGUUUCUCACAAGUGUUUGGAACCCUGACCAGACUCAAGUAAAGAACAGCAACUAGACCUCCCAUAUCCCUGGUUACACCGGAUUUUAGAGGGGAAGGCCAGAACAUUGAUGAGGCAGAAGCUAAUAACCAGGGGCUGGGACUGAAGCUCCGCUGGUAGACUGCUCGUCUAUCACGCAGGAAGUAAAACCCUGGGUUCAAUCCCUAGAGCUGCAUAUAACCAGGCACAGAAGAUGGAAGCAGAUGAAGAAGAGGUUCAAGGUUGUUGUGGGCCAAAAAAGAAGAUGUUAACCACCUUUAGGAAAAAGCCCUUGGGGGAACAUUUUGCUCAAUAGGGCAUUCUAACAGAUAGUGGCUAGAAGUUUCUAUGAAGAGGUACUUGGAGGAAUGCUAUGCCAAGAUCACUGAGGCAGCCCACUGCUAUGAAACCAGAAGGCAGGAAGGUUGGCAGAGGAACACAGACUAGAGUCUGGAGACUUGGGUUCUACUGGGACUUCAGCUCCUUGACCUGGGGCAGGGUAUUAAGUCACUGAGCCUUGAAUUGCCCUCUGUGAGAUAGAAGAGCCGCCUUCUCUUGUGGUGAUGGAUGUGAAAAUACCAGUAAUGGCUGAGACUGGACAUGUAGCUGUGUGGUAGAGCUCUAGCAUAUAUAAGGCCCUAAGUUCCACCCUCAGCACCACAGAAAAGACACACCAGUACAUGCUGGUGCUGUGCCAGGGCAGCAGCCCAGAGUUUACAGCACCGAGGGAGGCUUCCAGGCGGCCUGUGCACUCAACAGCUAGCUCGGCGGCUAGCGCUGAAGCCUAAAGUCGGCUUGUUUUUCUCCCAUCAGGAAGUCACUAUGAUGUGGGAUGUCCUUCUGUAUAUGUGUUGCCUUAUUGGUUGAUGAAUGAAACAGCUUCAGCCUACGGUAGGGCAAAAUAAACUCUGGGUGACUGUCCAGGCAUCGAAAUGUCUCUGUCAAUUCUAGAGUUUUGGAAGUUGCUUACAAAGGUAAUAUAUCCUUCUGGGGUCUUUAAUGGAGUUAAAGACUAGAUAGUUAUAGCUUUUCUUAGUUAUGAUUAAAGAUAAAUUAGAUAUAAAACUUUAGAUUCACAAGUAUUGUAACUAAUUUUUCCUUGUUAACUGUCAUAUAUGUAAUUUUUGCUAUGUUAAAACUUUCCUUUUUAAUUAGACAGAAAAGGGCAGAUGAUG